AUGAGGAAGACUACGAUGGCGAAGAUGGCGAUGAGCGGGGCGGGGGGAAGGGCGAGGGAGCUUCUCCACCCUCGCCUCCACCGGGGCCCUCUCCUCUCCGUCGAGAACAGCGCCGCCAUAGCUCCUCCGGAAGGGAAGGGAAUGGAAGGGAAGGGCAGGGAAGAAGACGAUAUGAAGCACGCUAGAGGAAAGUCACUCUCUUUUUAGGGCAUCGAAGCCAUGGUGGUGAAGGUAUCGAUUCUCCUUCAUCUUCUUCUCCUUUUCUCUAAGGCAUCUUCUCCUCCAUCUUCUCCCUUACGUAAAGCAUGCAUGCGUACGUGUACAGGAUGCAUACAAAUAUGUGCAAAAUACACUUUUGAGGAGGGGGGAGGGAGGGGUUUAGAGGGAGGCGUCCUCCCCAGCGGGGGCAGGCGGAGGGAGCAAGGUGGAGGAGGAGGCGGCGAGAGGCUCGUGAACGACGGAAUUUGCAGAGACGGAGAUCGGAUUCAUCUCCAGCUGAAGCCUGA